AUGAUGGGGAGGGACGAAUCGGAGCGACAUAGGGCUGAAUCUCAGUGGAUCGUGGCAGCAAGGCCACUCUGCCACUUACAAUACCCCGUCGCGUAUUUAAGUCGUCUGCAAAGGAUUCUAUCCGCUGCUCGGUGGGAAUAG